CGGGAACGCGCCGGGCGGCGGGCGCCAAGUGCGCGGAGCUGCUGUGGGGAGAAGCGGCAGGAAAGGCGAGCCGGAGUGGAUGACAGGAAGCCAGGAGAGCCCGUCCGAGCUAGAGAGACCCGGAGAAAAGGGAGAAGCCGAGUGUGCGGCGCGCACGCUGCCAGAGCCGGGGCUGACGAGCGCUGUCGCUUCCAAAUCCUUAGAGCGGCGCCCCAGUCACUGCAGCUUUUCACCCUAGAGCUCUGCCUUGGGACCGCAGAGACCAAGAGCCGGGGGAUCGGCAGAGAGGUACCAAAGACUUAAAGGAAAGAUUACGAGAGCGCCGGGAGGGUAUCCUGGAGAAAUACGGAGGCUGAGCAGAUAGAGGAACAAAGCCACCUCCAGAAGAAAACCCUUGCCUGGACCCCAGGCGGAGCGAUAAGGAGCUGUCUUCAGCUCUCCGUUCUCGCCAAGGCCCUCAAGCUAGUUCUGGGGUUGGUUCCGCCUCUUAGUUUGACAGGGAUAAGAAAGUUGCUCUUCAUCCCCACAACAUUUCCUGCGAAGCGAUUUUCAGGUCUGCGUGGUUCAAGUCAAGAUGUCACUCCCCAGAUCUCCCGGGAUGAGCAAAUAGAUGAUGUAUUACUGGGCACUAAACUCCCCUGGGAAGAGAAGGUAGUCCAAACAUUUAAAAGGUUCUCCACUGGCUCCUGCCCGCGCCUCAGCACAAUGCCUUGAUAUAGACCACAGCUAACUGGAUUUGAUUUAUAAGUGGGGAAUCUACGGUCAAUGGCCACUCUCACCACGUUGCUACUAUGGGAAACAGAAUGGUCAAUAGAAUAUGGUCUGAUAAAUAGUGAUGACUGAAGAUGCUGCUUCAAUACAUGUGGAAUCAAUGGGAGAUACUUGCUGCAUGAAGAGCUUUCUGAGCUUUUCUUGAUCAGCUCACUUUUAAGAAAUCAGAGGCAUAGUCUACCGUUACACGUUCUUUCUCAAGUGGAUACAAAUACGAUUACCUCACUGUAACCAGACAAACAGACAACUAAUGUGGGACCAUGGCACUGCCCAGAUGCACAUGGCCAAACUUUGUUUGGAGAGCAGUGAUGGCAUGCUUGGUUCACAGGGGAUUGGGUGUCUCGUUGACUCUCUGUAUGUUUGGAUGUUUGCUUCAGGCUGCCCAUGUGCUCUCACAGAAAUUGGAUGAUGUGGACCCGCUGGUGACUACCAACUUCGGCAAGAUAAGGGGGAUUAAAAAAGAACUCAACAAUGAAAUUUUGGGGCCUGUUAUUCAGUUUCUUGGGGUUCCAUAUGCAACCCCACCAACGGGAGAACAUCGUUUUCAGCCUCCGGAGCCACCAUCUCCUUGGUCAGAUAUCAGGAAUGCCACUCAGUUUGCUCCUGUGUGUCCCCAGAAUAUCAUUGAUGGCAGAUUGCCAGAAGUCAUGCUUCCUGUGUGGUUUACGAAUAACUUGGAUGUGGUUUCUUCCUAUGUACAAGACCAGAGUGAAGACUGCCUGUAUUUAAACAUAUAUGUCCCAACCGAGGAUGGUCCCCUUACAAAGAAACAGACAGAUGAUUUAGGUGAUAAUGACGGUGCUGAAGAUGAAGAUAUACGGGACAGUGGGGGACCCAAACCAGUGAUGGUGUAUAUCCACGGUGGCUCCUAUAUGGAAGGUACUGGAAAUUUAUAUGAUGGGAGUGUCUUGGCAAGUUAUGGCAAUGUGAUAGUCAUCACAGUCAACUAUCGACUUGGUGUACUUGGUUUCCUUAGUACAGGGGAUCAGGCUGCAAAAGGAAACUAUGGACUCCUUGAUCUCAUACAGGCUUUAAGAUGGACUAGUGAGAACAUUGGAUUCUUUGGUGGUGACCCUUUAAGAAUCACUGUUUUUGGAUCUGGCGCUGGGGGUUCAUGUGUCAAUCUGCUGACUUUAUCCCAUUAUUCUGAAGGUAACCGUUGGAGCAAUUCAACCAAAGGACUUUUUCAACGAGCAAUAGCUCAAAGUGGAACAGCCCUUUCCAGCUGGGCUGUUAGCUUCCAACCUGCAAAAUACGCUAGAAUGCUGGCCACAAAAGUUGGUUGCAAUGUUUCUGAUACAGUAGAGUUAGUGGAAUGUCUCCAGAAGAAGCCUUAUAAAGAACUUGUUGACCAAGAUAUUCAACCAGCACGAUACCACAUAGCCUUUGGACCUGUGAUUGACGGUGAUGUAAUACCAGAUGACCCUCAGAUAUUGAUGGAGCAAGGAGAAUUUCUCAACUAUGAUAUAAUGUUAGGAGUUAACCAAGGGGAAGGGUUAAAGUUUGUUGAAAAUAUAGUAGAUAGCGAUGAUGGCAUAUCAGCUAGUGAUUUUGACUUUGCUGUUUCCAAUUUUGUUGAUAAUUUAUAUGGAUAUCCCGAAGGCAAAGAUGUUUUGCGAGAAACCAUUAAAUUCAUGUAUACUGACUGGGCUGACCGUCAUAACCCUGAAACCAGAAGGAAGACAUUACUGGCUUUGUUUACGGACCAUCAAUGGGUGGCGCCAGCUGUGGCUACAGCAGAUCUUCACUCGAACUUUGGUUCACCUACAUACUUCUAUGCCUUUUACCAUCAUUGCCAAACAGAUCAGGUUCCAGCCUGGGCUGAUGCAGCCCAUGGAGACGAGGUUCCCUAUGUGUUGGGAAUCCCUAUGAUUGGCCCUACAGAAUUAUUUCCUUGCAAUUUCUCCAAAAAUGAUGUGAUGCUGAGUGCAGUGGUAAUGACAUACUGGACAAAUUUUGCUAAAACUGGUGACCCGAAUCAACCAGUCCCUCAAGACACAAAAUUCAUCCAUACCAAACCCAACCGCUUUGAAGAAGUAGCAUGGACCAGAUAUUCCCAGAAAGACCAACUUUAUCUCCAUAUUGGGUUAAAACCAAGAGUUAAAGAACAUUACAGAGCCAAUAAAGUGAACCUCUGGUUGGAGCUGGUACCUCAUCUGCAUAAUCUCAAUGACAUUUCUCAGUAUACCUCCACAACAACUAAAGUGCCAUCAACUGACAUCACUUUCAGACCUACAAGAAAAAAUUCUGUACCUGUCACAUCAGCCUUUCCCACUGCCAAGCAGGAUGAUCCCAAACAACAACCGAGUCCAUUUUCAGUGGAUCAAAGAGACUACUCAACAGAGCUGAGCGUCACCAUUGCAGUUGGAGCCUCACUGCUGUUUCUGAAUAUCUUGGCCUUUGCAGCCCUGUACUACAAAAAGGAUAAGAGGAGACAUGACGGUCACAGGAGAUGCAGCCCACAGCGCACCACUACCAACGAUCUGACCCAUGCACAAGAAGAGGAGAUUAUGUCCCUCCAAAUGAAGCACACUGAUUUGGAUCAUGAAUGUGAGUCCAUCCAUCCACAUGAGGUGGUUCUCCGGACCGCCUGCCCCCCAGAUUACACAUUAGCUAUGAGAAGGUCACCUGAUGAUGUUCCCUUAAUGACACCCAACACCAUAACAAUGAUUCCCAACACUAUACCAGGGAUUCAGCCCUUACACACAUUCAAUACAUUUACUGGAGGACAGAACAAUACUCUGCCCCACCCUCAUCCCCACCCCCAUUCACAUUCAACAACCAGGGUAUAGCCAGAUAAGAGAAACAAACUCUAUUUUUUUGAUGGAUUGCAGUAUAUGACUACUGAAGAUUCCUUGGCGUUCAACCUACAAGACUCUUACUAUUUAAGUAAGGAGGAAUAUUAUGUGAAUAUACAUAUCAAGAACUUCGGGGGUUUUGAAAAAGUGAAUUGUACAUAUACACACAAUCAACUUUAAAAAUGGAUUUCAAUUGCUUGAAACAAUUGUUCUGAAUGAUACUUUUUCAUUCACAUUCAAGAAUAAUUUUUUGAAGAUUUAAGUUACCUUAUGGGAUUAGGCAUGUGGAACACCAAACAGGAAAGACCUAUGUCUGAAAUAUUUAAAAAUUAAAAAAAAAAACUAUGAAUAUGCACAAGGGACACACCAAUGGAAUGUCAGAUAAUUUUCACCAGUUUUUAUUUGGAGCUGUUUUAUUGUGUAGAACCUAUUUACAUAUUUGGAUAAUACACAAAGCACCAAUGAUGUUAAUGGCCUUAGUGGAGGCUCACACUGAAAUUUCCCAGUAAAACAACAAAGUUUAAAGACUGGCAGGUACAACAUUAUCACAUAAGUGCUGUCAGUAUAAAGUUGUGGGGAUAAAGGAAACUGGAUAUUUUUAGCACGAUGUGCAUGAUAAUUUAUAUGCUUGGUGGCUGUGCUGCUGAUUAAGCCGUAAUUAAAAUUCUUCUCAUCCCAUUGGAGUUUUUAAUAGAGGCUUCCUCCAUCAAUUGGCAGAACCUAAAGAAGAUUUUAAGGGGCAAAAGUAAUUACAAAAAAUAAUUCAUGGUAGUUUCAAUAAUAGAAGGAAUUAGUUAUUAAAGGUAUUUGAAGAAAUUUAGGUAUCGUGGUGAAUACUCGCUGAUACGAAUCCCAGAAAAAAAAUUCCCAUGUUUAAAAUGUUCUUUUUCAUUUCCAUUUAAUAAUUUAUAGAAAUAUAACCCUAACUGGACAUGUGUUACAGGAUCUAUAAUUUGCUGUGAUUUUUGUUGCUCUGUAUUUUUGUUCCUCUUGGUAAGAUGAAGUGUGUCCAAAGAGUUAUUUGCAACAGUAUUUUAUGAUGCCCCAAUAUUACCACUCUGAUCACAGGUCUCAGUUAAUUGAUUUACUCAUGUUGCAUGACAAAAUGUUUAUUAAUAAUUCAAUAUAAAGUUAUGUCCCUCCUCACAUCACUUAUCUUUCUCACUGAGUUUCAUUCACUGGAAUUUGCUCACGCAAUCUCAGUAGAGUGCAAUGUAGAUACAGAACCUAGGAGAGUCAACACCUGGAGGAUUUUAAUCUUACACAUAUAUGUGAUUUUAAACAAAUAUUCUAAGACCACAGGAAAUUCUUCAUCCCCCUGUUGUUUACCAGUAACAGUAUAUCACAGACCUUUCCAAAUGUUUGUGUAUGUAAUCAGAUGUACAUUUAUAUGAAAAAAAUUGAGAUGGACUUAAAGAGCACAUCCCUGAUAAAUACUUUCUCUCUUACCUGUACUAUAUUUCUAUUAGACUAAAGUUAUGUGAUUUUUUUUUACAUUUUUUCAGAUGACUAGCAAUUUUGAUAGUUUGUAAGAUAAUGAAAAGAACUUUCUCUGACAAACUAACUGCAGUAACAGAAACCUUUCUUUUCAGUUACUCUUUUUCAAGAAUGAAAGAUUAUUAUACAAAAAUAAUUGUGUACUACUUGAUGGAAACAACUUUGUACAUCUUGGCCAUAUCACUGGUCAUUGCGUGAAAUAAAGAUAAUCUGGAUAAUGACUAUUAGUCCAAUGCUAAGAGACAUGAUCUUUGCUCAUUAAAGAGCUAAAAUGUUCAUUGUUGUUUUGUCUUUUUUUUUAAAUCAACAAAAAAACAUGACUGUCUCAAAGAGUUGUUUUUCUAGACCAGUCAAGUUUUUGAAGACAUGUAGUUGACUUCUACAGAAAAUACAACUGCAUAUUUAAAGGCAAGUCUCAUCUAAUAUAAUGCCUGAUGGAACUUUAAUAUUAUGAAUUUAAAAGCCCCAGGAACACAUGAUUAAUAACAAUUUUGUAUUUUUAGAUGCCUAUUAUGUGAAGUGUUAUAGAAAUAAAAUGUGCCAGUUGUUUUCAGUUACAAUACAGGUUCCAAUUUUGAUCAUACAAGAAAAGGUUUAUUGGAAAUAAACGUGCAAUAUUUCAUGGAAUGCAAAUAGCUAGGUUCAUAAUAUAAGAGUAAUUAAACUAUCAUAAAGUAAUGGAUAUACAAUUAUCCUUCUAAGAGAAUUUAAAAGCACUAAGGAAGCCACUAAACUGAUACUAAAAGAUAAAAAUCUUCUGUUUCAAAGAAUUUCUUUGCUUAUAAUUCCUCCUCCCAAGGGCAUUAAUUAUUAAUACCAUGUAGAUAUUGCUCCAUAAAUUCAAAUAAAAGUCUCUGUUAAAAGCAAAAAGUUUUCAAAAUCCAGAGCAGUCUACAUGCAAUAUUUGCCUGAUUUGGUUAUGCUUUUAAGACUGUGAACUGCCAAUAUAAAUCAAUAAAAAAAGAAUCAUUUGACAUCUGAAAUAUUAUUUAAUCAUAAAACUGUCUUUUAGUCUAUGGAUUAAACAAAAGAUUAAAAAAAUAGAAACAACUGGAAAAUAAGAUACGAAUGAAUACUUUUCAUGUGCAUUGCUUGGCAAAACCAAACAUUCUAUUAUUAUGUUUUGAUGAUGGCAAUAUUUAUAUCACUCUACCUAUCUAUUGCUCUAUAUUUAUCAGUUGAUCUAUCUAUACCAUAACUGACACCUACUUUAUAUUAAUUUAGGGAAAUGAUUUAGGAAAUCAAGGAUGGCCCUAUUUUUCCUAAAUUAAUUUCUGUAUCCCUGUAGUAUAAACUUUGUGGAAGGUAAGGGAGCCUAAGUUUUAUUACUGUUUUCAAGUCAUGUGAUAAAGUUAUUGUAAAUGAAAUGUUGGUUGCUAGCCUCAUAAUUACAGCAGCUCAUUUUCUGCGUGUAAAAUGAUGUCUCACAUUAAAUGGAACAUUAAGAUGUUUUUAAAGCUGAAACAUAGCUUUAAAUGCAAGAAAUAUUUUGAAUAUCAUGAUUAAAUUUUAACCAUCAUGUUUAAAAUGUAUUUGUUUAGAUGUUAAUUUUCUUUAGGGAAAAAAAAAGAAAAUAAGCCACAAAAUUAAAAAGAAUAUUUUUCCAUUAUUUAUUAAUUCAGAUUUUUCUGCCUGGGAUUAAAUUGCAAACAGUCAAGGCUGUUUAGCAUUUAUGCAAACAUUAAACCAAAAUAAUGUUAUUUCAGUGUUUUGCUAUUAUAUAAAAUUAUUGCCAAAUAUUUGUCAACAGAUUCAUGCUGUAUUUGAGUAUGGGAUUGGAAAGACAAAAGUAAUAGAUUUCAUAGUCUUAAAUUUCUAUUGAAUAUGUUGACUGUGGAUAAAAUCUAGCUGAUUACUACAGAUACAUCACAAGGCUCAUCAUUAACUUAUAUGAAAAUUGGAACUUCAUUUGCUAAAGAUUUUAAAAUUUGUGUUUGGAGAGAUUUUGCUAAAAGCUCAAAGCAGAAAAUCUAAGUAAAGUAUAGAUUAUUUAUUCCCCAUUUAAAAUUAAGAUUAGCCUUAAUGAUGCUUUAAUUUAAACUCUUUGAUGUACAACUUGAAAAUAGCAACAAAAAUUUUAAAAAACCAUCAACCACAUGUAGUUCUAAGGAGGAAAACAGAAUGGCAGUAUUUUCUUACAGAAAAGAAAUGACACAACUCAGUUCUUAUAUCUAUAACAUAUUGUUCAGUUAUUUUACCUGUUGGCAUACUCAUAUUAACCCACAUAUUAAUAUCAUGAAAGAAUAUAUAAAAUGUGUUAAGUGUGUUCCAGCUUUAAAGACACUACAUAUAAAUUACUGGGAUUCCUUCCUUUGGUGAGUGUGACUGAAAUAUUUUCACAGGACAAAAUGGUAAAUGGAAUUCUUAGGAAGCUGUCAAACAUCACAGCAGUUCUUUGAUGUUAACAAUUUUGUUUUCUUCCGUGUUAUUGGUUUAAAGUACUGGCCUUUUCCUUCAUUUCCAGUAAUUAGUUGUUAUAGACUAUCACUUUUUAAUGUAAGUGAAAAUUAGAUAAUUUGGCUAUACUUGUGAAAACAUGUUCCCAAAUAAAUUCAAUUAAUGGGCACUUCCCUGCUGAGAUUUUGUUAUCAUUCAUUUAAUUAUCUUGUCAAGCUUCACUGUUACGACAAUUGUUUUAGCUUUUUAGUCAAUAAACUGAGGGAAUUUCUCCAACAGCCUUACACCUCUCCUGCACUUGAUAUGAUAACCACAUACCCUUCAGAUUUCCAUCAGAGGUCUCUGAAGAAAUUUCUUACUUAUGUGAAACAUUUGGUGACCAACUUGAUUCUUUUUCAUAAGCAUUAGGAUUUGAUUUUAUUCUGCGGCUUUGCUAGAAUUAUAACCACGCCAGACAUCAUUUCCAUUUGAUAAGGGCUGUGGAGAAUAUAGACUAGAAUAAUUGUGUGCAGGGUUUGAGUGCCUUUUCCUACUGCGACUUUAUUUAUUAAGUGUAUCAUUAUUGUUACUUUUUGAAUUUGCAGAUUCAGAUAAUUCAAUGUAAAAGGAACAAGAAGAUGAGCAUGUUCUAAGUUGCCAAUAAGAAUAUUUAAUUUAAGAAGUUAUUUUCUUGCAUUUAAUUUGAUUUUGUAUGAUGUUAAGUGGGUCCAAGUGAUUCCUGGGAAAGAGCAAAUGAAGUGACUUUUGGAAAAGGGGCAAACAAUUGUCUAGGUGUCUGAUUUUAUGGCACUUUGGUAUGGAAACUUAAAUCUCUAGUAAAAUUUAAAUUUUUGCUAAACAUGUAAGUUUAAUUCCAAAGAUGUCUGGAGUUAUUAGGCAAAAGCCUAAAUUAGAUGGGCAUAUAAUUUUCAAGCCAGCCAUUAAAAAUGCUAUAUGGCAUAUAUACCCUAUAUACUUCAUGGUGUAUAAGACAUUUCUGAUGGCCUUUUGAAAUACAUAUAAUUAUAAAUGAUAUUGUAUAUCUCCAUAGAUUCAUAAUAAUGUGACAGAAUUAAGUCCUCUGUGGAAAGUUCAAACCAAAAUGCUAGCAUUUUUGUGUUGAAAGUAAUGAUAACAAUUAAAGCUUUAAAGAAAUUUGUAAAGGUACAAUAAUAAAAACUCAGCAGAUGAAGUUAAAGCAAAGGGACUAUUUUUAAAUGUCAUUUCCUGAGUUGACUUCUAUAUUAAAUGGUGUGUUUAAAAGGAUUUUAGUGUUUUUGAUUCCUCCUUUCUCCCCACUCAUCAGUCAUUGGGAGAGAUGUCAUGGUUUUUGUAAAAAAAAAAAAAAAA